CAGGUGAUAGUAAGAGGAAGGAAAACGCGGGAAGUAGAGUCCCACCCAUUUUAUUGCUUGGAGGAUCUUUGGGAAUCUUUUCGUGAAUGGAGUGUGUAUGGAGCUGGAGUACCUUUGUUGUUAAAUGGGAAAGACCCAAUCACACAAUAUUAUGUUCCAUACUUGUCGGGCAUACAGUUGUACAUUGACGCGUCAAAGCCUUCUUCACAUUGCAGGAGGCCUGGUGAGGAGAGUGAUGCUGAGUCAUCUAGGGAAACGAGUAGUUCUGGCUGCAGCGAUUGUGAAGCAUAUAAACUAUCCAAAUCUGCAGUGGAUGGAUAUCGGAAUCAUCCGAAUGCCCAGCAACCAAAUAGGCUGUCAGUGCGAGAUAAGUUUGUUCAAAGUUCAUCUAGUGAUGAAGCUGAAAUUUCCAAUUUGCCUGGAUUACUCUUGUUUGAAUAUUUGGAACAAGAACAACCUCAUCUACGCAAACCACUAACUGACAAGGUUUCUAUUCUCGCAUCCCAAUUUCCCGAGCUGAGACAGUGUAGGAGCUGUGAUCUCCUCCCGUCAAGUUGGAUUUCUGUAGCUUGGUAUCCAAUUUAUAGAAUACCCAUGAGCCCAACUCUAAAGGAUCUGGAUGCGUCUUUUUUGACCUUUCAUUCCUUGUCAACACUAUCUAGAAGUAAUUUUCAACCUCAGUUUCAUGCUGCGAAUACUAGGAAAGUCCGUGGCGUUGUUGACAUAUCUUCAAAAAUUUCUUUACCAGUCUUUGGGCUAGCUUCCUACAAGUUGAAAGGUUCACUUUUGAGUCCUACUGGACCCCAUGAAUGCGAGCAAGAGAACUCUCUUUUGCAAUCAGCCGACAACUGGCUUCAACGUUUGCAGGUGAACCACCCUGAUUACCAGUUUUUUCGCACUCAUUACUUUCAGCGAAGAUGAUGGGGCCUGAAGUUUUUUCAUGUUCCCAUAUUUUGUUGAGUGCCAAUUUUGGUACCAAGACAAGAUUUUUGGAAGCUAAACUGCUAUAGAAAAACAACCCCCUCUCCAUCACUCCACUAAAUAUCCUGGUGAACAAUUGUGCAGUGUUGUUGAAGCUCUGGUUUUACUUUUUAGUUGUGUAAAAUUCUUUCAAAGGCGGUAUAAUCAGAAGAGUAGGUAAAUCAGGCAGUAGCAUCAGGAGGUGGCUGUUGAGGUGCAUGAUAAAAUUUUGUUUUUAACAUGGGAUAUUGGGUGUUCUGCUCUUGUUUUGACAUUCGAAGAAAUAGAAGUGAUCCAAUCAGGAAUCUCGAUUGACCUCUUUUUUGUUGUUGUGAAAGGGUGUAGGAGUAGUUGAUAUCGGUAUAUUAGUAGAAUGGCUGGCUAUGGAGUCAGUAAUUAGAUGUCUCCUACUGCUCUCUGAUGAUGAUGAAAACUUGAACAAUCAUUAGUCUGUACUAAAAUGAAUGUAUAAAACCUAUAUCCAACAUAUAUUUUUCAUAAAAUGUGGUUAAUAUUUUCUUGAUUUUCCCCAAUUUUUA